AUGCCAACACGGUUGCCGAAAUUAAAUUGGAAAUUUCACGAUUGUCCCUGUCCUCGACGGGCCAACCACCUGUGCUCGUCGGACAUGGGAUUAGUUGCAAUUACGUAUUCAGGAUGUUCUUUUGUGGCGGUCCCCGUGUUUAGGGGGAGGGGAGGGGCGCCGACAAUGCGCCCAAUGAUUCACCCUUCACGCCGGACAACUGCUCGUUGUAGAGGCCCGGUGUAUUUUCAAUCAACCCAUCAAUUUGUUCGUUAG